GUAUUGCCAAAUAAAUACCAUAAAUACCUAAAUGGCACAUCAGAAAUAAUAACAUAACAAAUAAGUUCAAAUUUGGAGGCCAAAUUGCAUCUGGACCUCGACUACCGUUAGGACCCUGAGGGGAAGCAGCAUUCCCUCCCUCGUUGAAUUGGAUGACAGGACUGGGAUGGCCUCUCGUCUACAGUGUUAGUGUUGAACGGUUCGUCCGUCAGAGAAAGGAUGUGAGAAGAGGAGGCUUGCGGUUUCUGUAGCAAGCAUGCGGCUUUGUUAGAUUCUGUGGAUUUUGGACACCGGCUUUACAUGCAAUGUAUUUGUGCUAAAUAGAAUUCGUUUUUCCCCUUUGUUUUCUACCGGAUACAUUCUUAUAGCUUGGAAUCGAGUGUUUUCCUGUGCGGCUCCGUUCAUUGGUAAACUAGCGGUUGCAUCAGUCGACUGUCAAUCAAUUCUGGGCUCUUUGCACCUGGUAUUCAUUUAAAUUUGCCGGUGAAUGUUUGUGGACAUUGAGUUUUGGAGCAAUCCUUUUCGUUUAGCCUUUGGUAUUUCAAUAACCGAGAGUUUAUUGUGCAGCCUUAUUAUUAACAGGUAAGAUUGUAACCGUAACUCAGGCUACUGUACCCCUAGUUAUAUUAAUAGCGGACUGUAUCCCCGGAAAAUGACAACAUUCUAUCUUGACGGCGCAAGGAGGAACUAGCCUACACGUGCAAAGCGUUGUUUGACAGCUGUCUUUGGUAACGCGUUGGACAAUAGGGCUUGCCUGGAGGAGCCACCUGCUAUUGUUUUCUCCUGUGGAUAGAUCAAAACAUAAACAGAUCGAACAUGUCGCUCAGCAGAAGUAUUGAAUGGGAACACUUUGAGGAACGGGACAAAACGCACCGUUCAUCACGGGCUAACGGCUCCGGAUCCCAGUCAGGCUCCAGAGGCAACGGUCUCGUGCCCAGCCCGGCGCACAGCGCGCACUGUAGCUUUUACCGAACGCGCACGCUCCAGUCGCUCACCUCGGAGAAGAAAGCCAAAAAAGUGCGGUUCUACCGAAAUGGGGACAAAUACUUCAAGGGUUUGGUGUAUGCCGUGUCCAACGACCGUUUUAGGUCCUUAGACGCCCUGCUUAUGGAGCUUACCCGGUCUCUCUCGGACAACGUCAACCUGCCUCAAGGUGUCCGGAGCAUCUACCCUGUGGACGGCAGCAAGAAGAUCAGCAGCCUGGACGAGUUAGUGGAGGGUGAGAGCUACGUGUGUGCCUCCAACGAGCCCUACCGCCGAGUGGACUACACCAAGAACGUUAACCCUAACUGGUCAGUGGGCAUCAAGGCCGGCCAGUCCCGCUCCCUGUCCUCCCUCAGCACCCUGGUAAAGGGCGAGCUGCAGCGUAGCGAGGCCAGCCUCGGCACCAGAGACUUCAUCAAGCCCAAGCUGGUGACGGUCAUCCGCAGCGGGGUCAAGCCCAGGAAGGCUGUGAGGAUCCUGCUGAAUAAGAAGACGGCCCACUCCUUCGAACAGGUGCUGACCGACAUCACGGACGCCAUCAAGCUGGACUCCGGGGCGGUCAAACGGCUCUACACACUGGAGGGAAAACAGAUCACCUGUCUCCAGGACUUCUUCGGCGAGGAUGACGUGUUCAUCGCGUGCGGCCCAGAGAAGUACCGCUACGCCCAGGAUGACUUCCUGUUGGAUCACAGUGGUAAGGCUUCUGUAGCCUUUGUGACUGAAUGCCGGGUGCUCAAGUCCUCAUACUCUGCUCGCUCGCCCACUCCAACGAGGGCUGCUGGGAGCAAGAGCCCUGGACUCUCACGCCGUAUCAAGUCCCCUGGCAUAGUAAGAAGACCAAUCCAUUACUCCACCAGUAGUCAGUCUCCUGUUAAAUCCCCAGUCAAUGGUGUCCCCAGCAGUACGAUCUCCACCCCCAAGUCCACCAAAUCCAACAGCUCCUCCCCCACCAGCCCCCGCAGUAUACACAGCUUCAAGGUUCCGCCACAUCACACAUCUGCCACCAAUGUGAACGGGUCUUCACACAGUCUGGAGCUGGCCAAUAACAUGAGUCCUGAGGUUAACGGCAACAGCUGUAGCUCUAUCACAACCGUCCUGGAUAAGUACAAGGUCGGCAAGGUCAUAGGAGACGGAAACUUUGCAGUGGUGAAAGACUGUGUAGAACGGUCCACUGGGAAGGAGUAUGCACUAAAGAUCAUUGACAAGGCCAAGUGCAGUGGAAAGGAGCACCUGAUAGAGAAUGAGGUGGCAGUGCUGAGGAGAGUCAAACACCCCAACAUUAUCCAGCUGAUAGACGAGGUGGACACACCCACUGAACUCUACCUGGUGAUGGAGCUGGUCAAGGGUGGCGACCUGUUUGAUGCCAUCACAUCCUCCACUAAGUACACAGAGAGAGAUGCCAGUGUCAUGGUGUUUAACCUAGCUGGAGCCCUGAAGUACCUCCACAGUAUGAACAUAGUACACAGAGACAUCAAGCCUGAGAACCUGCUGGUGUGUGAGUACCUUGACGGCACUAAGUCUCUGAAGCUGGGGGACUUUGGUCUGGCCACUGUGGUUGAGGGGCCCCUGCACACCGUGUGUGGAACCCCCACCUACGUGGCCCCUGAGAUCAUCGCUGAGGCUGGUUAUGGUCUGAAGGUGGAUAUCUGGGCAACUGGGGUCAUCACUUACAUCCUGCUGUGUGGCUUCCCUCCCUUCCGCAGUGAGGACAACCUUCAAGAGGACCUGUUUGACCAGAUCCUGGUGGGACGACUGGACUUCCCUGCUCCCUACUGGGACAACGUCACUGACUCAGCCAAGGAGCUGAUUGGGCGGAUGCUGCAGGUGAACGUGGAGGCUCGCUACACGGCACAGGACAUCCUCUCUCAUCCCUGGGUCACGGAUGACAACAUGGAGAACAACAUGAAGAUGGAGGUGUCAGGUAAACUGAGGACACACUUCAACACAGCACCAAAGCCCGGCACAACCACAGCAGGAGUGUCAGUCAUCAUGAACACAGCUCUAGAUAAGAAGAGGAUCCAGCUGACUCGUCGCAGCCAGAGGCCCACAGCACCACCUCUGCCCCCAACACCGCCUGGGAAGAAAGUAGUCCCUCCUGCAGCCAUGCCAGUCAUGCAAGCCUCACCAGUCUCACCCAACUCCAAGCUGCCAGUACCCACCAAGUCUGCCCUGCCAGAGGAGGAACCCAAGAGUCCUCAAACUGAUGUGCCUGUCCCUGUAUCCCCUCCCAUCUCUCCUUCAACACCUACCAGACCUGGUACCUCUCCCUCUGUCCCUGUCUCUCCUUCCUCUCCUACCAAGCCUAACAUCUCUAUCUAUCCUACCUCCCCUACCAGGCCCAACAACUCUCCCGCUCCUUCCUCUCCUACUAAACCUGUUAUCUCUCCCUCUCCUUCCUCACCUACCAAACCUGUUAUCUCUCCCUCUUCACCUACCAAACCUGUUAUCUCUCCCUCUCCUUCCUCUCCCUCUUCACCUACCAAACCUGUUAUCUCUCCCUCUCCUUCCUCUCCCUCUUCACCUACCAAACCUGUUAUCUCUCCCUCUUCACCUACCAAACCUGUUAUCUCUCCUUCCUCUUCCUCUUCACUUAACAAACGCAAAGCCUCCCCCUCUCCUCCUGCCCCUCUCUCGCCCUCCUCUCCUCCCUCUCUUUUUACCUCCCCCUCUCCUCCUGCCCCUCUCUCUCCCUCUCCUCCCUCUCUUUUUACCUGCCCCUCUCCCUCCGACCCUCUGUCUCCCUCUGCCUUUCCCAGCCCUCCCUCACCCCUGACCUGCACCUCUCCCUCCUCUCCCACCCCUCCAUCACCUGUUACCUGCUCCUCCCCAACCGUGCCCCCACCCCUGGUGGGCCUUGACGUUGAAGCUGCUGCUACUGCCAGAGAGCUGUGAGAAAGAAUGAUGGAUGAGAAGACUGGCUGCUGGACCAUGGUCUAAUUUGUACCUUUCCAGCCCCCUUACCUCCACCCGCCGUAUCCCCGGACCUAUGAUUCGCAUGUAGGGGGCUAGAUACAGAUAGAACCUCCACCUCCAUCCCCAGUAACAGUAUAACAGCUAAUAUCCACUGCUGUAUCGUUCCUAGGCUCCCAAGCAACAAAUGGCAACAACAACAAAAAGAAGCAAAAUGGCUCCUACAACCUACAGUACAAUCUCUGUAGAGAACCCAUCAUAUCCACGCUCCAAGAGGGAAGUUGAGGGGUUUUGUACAUUUUGGUUGAUUUGUAUAUACGGUAUGUGUGUAUUUAUAUAUGAGCGAUAUGGAGAAAACAGAGCGAGGCCUGGCUAGUUAGGGUCUGUGUGGUUUCAGAUGGGUUUUCUGGAAUGACUUCUGAUAAUGUUUUAUUGUCUGUGGUUGGUUGGUAGGCACGCACACAUGUUGAUUAUGGGUAGAAGUGUAUUAUUUGGCGUGCUUGCCGUCUGUUGUAAGAUAAACUACUACUGUAGAUGUAUAUAGUAUUGUAUGACAGACACGAGGCAUCCGAAUGAAAGUUGAAGGUUUGAGUUUGUUUUCUUCUCUUGCCUGUAAGCCUGUUUAUCAUUGGUCCGCUAUGGAGCCUGUAGUGUUUAACUGCUGAACACCAAAAGAGAGACGCAACAGAGUAGAAGAUGAACGUGUCAAUGAGGAGAGGUGUGCCUGUGAAAAUAGCUGCCAGAUCAGGGGUGUGUUCAGGGCGGCAGGUAGCCUAGCGUUUUAAGAGCGUUUGGCCAGUAACCGAAAGGUCACUGGUUCGAAUCCCCGAGCCAACUAGGUGAAAAAUCUGUCAAUGUGCCCUUGAGCAAGGCACUUAACCCUAAUUGCUCCUGUAAGUCGCUCUGGAUAAGAGCAUCUGCUAAAUGACUAAAAUGUAAAUGUUCACCAGGCACAAAAUGGAAGAAAACAGACAAACAGGAAGGGACUUCUUGGACAUGUCCUGUAAGAAACGCUCAUUUUCGCACUCCGUUGCAAAACGUUUUUCAUUGUGUGCCCUAAUGAACCUGACCCAGUAGUUAGAGAUUCCUUUUCUGAAACCAGCUGUCAGGAAACACUGGUAGCUCUAUCCCCUCAUAUACUAAUUUAUCAGUCCAGAUUUACCUGAUACUAAUGUGAGGCUGUUCCACUUUGCUGUUGUCUGUAAUGGUAAUGUACUUGUUUUAAAGUCCAUGGUUAAGUCCCAAAUCGCACCCUAUUCCCUAUAUAGUGCACUACUUUUGAGCAGGGCCCCUAGGUUAUUGGCCAAAAGUAGUGCACUAUGUAGGUGUAUAGGGUACCAUUUGGGAUGCAUCCCAUAUCUCCUUACCUAGCCUACUGCAGUUGGUUAGGGUUUAACCCUUCGGAUAUUGAUAUUGGCUCCGAUGCACAGCACUACUACUCCAAGGGGCUUUAGUUGCAUGUCAUGUUCCUCCCUCUGCCUCCCCACAAAACAGGUCUCUCUCUCUCUCUCUCUCACACACACAAACGUUAAGCUGAUACUAUUGUACGUAUAGUAGCUGUUCUGUUGUGUAAUGUUUAGUCUAACUACACUGUCAUCAUAAUGCUUUUUUAUUGCAGUUUUAGUCUGGAUACGUGUAUGAAAAUGAAAUUUCAAACAGGAAAAACACUCUUGUCAGCUUUGGCCAGCAGUUUUAGUUUGUGCAGACAUUUAGCCACUGACUCCUUUAUCAUUUUGUAUUAGGAGCACAUCGGAGAACUUCAAACGCAAUAAAAAAUAUUCAAAUCA